UUAUAUUGAAAUUUAUGGCAUAUGUUUUACUUUAUAUGAGUAAUAGGAUGUAUUUAGUUGGUUAUGUGAAAUUUUCAACGACUCCUGUGGAACAAUGUGUAAAUUUUUUAAUUUAUUAUUCAAAAUUUUGUUUGUAUGUGCUAUUUUCGGUGAAGAAGUAGGAGCCAUUGAUUUCAACAAAAUCGUGAAAGGUACGAUCUACAAUAUCGAAAAGGUGGUAUUCAGACCAAUAUCACAAAUAGGAAUACCAAUUAAUCAUCAUACCACGAAGUUUAAUUUUUUCACAUCAGAAUCUAUCCAUAAACCUUCUACGAUCGAUUAUUAUAAGCCAGAUAUCUUAACAAAAUGUGAAGGCAAAAUAUUCUUCAUUAUUCAUGGUCUUUUGGAUGGUUCUAACUCUCCAUGGAUCCAUAAUAUGAUAAAAAUUUUACUCAAUAAAAAUGACGCCUCUUGUGCUGUAACAAUAGAUUGGUCACUAACUACAGGCACCAUUAAUUACCCAUUUGUAGUUUCCCAGACUGAUAAGUUCGGUGUUUUCGUUGGUGAAUUCAUCAAUAGAAUGUUGACAAAGUAUGAAGUACCAGAAGAAAAAAUCGCAUUAAUUGGCCAUUCCCUUGGUGCGCAAGCUGUUGGAGUAAUUGCUAAAACUAUAAAAAAAAUGAGUGGAAUCUUAUUACCUUUUAUACUUGGCUUAGAUCCAGCUGGCCCUAAUUUUAAUGUCAGACCAGUCUCAAAGAGACUAAAUAAAGAAGAUGCGGAAGUUGUAAUGAUUAUACACUCGGAUAAAGGUAAAUUUGGAAUAUCAACUGAAUGUGGAACUAUUGACUUCUAUCCCAAUGGCGGAAAUAAUCAGCCUGGUUGUUCUAAGAUCACGAAGGAUACCAUAGUACAUACAUUUGGACCCCUUGGAUGUAAUCAUGCUCGCUCUUUGGACUACAUAGUGGAGGCAGUUAACAACACUGGCUCUUUUCCAGCCAGAAGAUGCAGAAGCUACUCACAUUAUAUCAGAAACAAAUGUGACAGUAAUAAGUUAGUAUACAUGGGCGAUUUAGAAACCAAAGAAAGGGGUUCAUUUUAUUUGAUAACAAAUUCUGAGAGCCCUUUCUCUAUACCAGAAGAUGACAUCUAGAUAAUUUUCUAAAAUACAGUAUCAAAUGAAUACCAUAAUCUACCACCAGUACUUACACAUUAUUUCCUUGUUCAAAAUUAAUUUCCGUUCUUAUACAUAUAGCCUUCUUGAAUAUUU